UAUAUAAUUUAUUGAACAAUUCAUAAUAAACGUCAUGUUGUAAAUAUACCGUAUUCAAUAUACUCAACUACAAUGAAUUCUCGACAAGUAUUAUUUCAAGUUUAUAUCAUCAAGUUUCUGUUUAUCUUAACUCUGAAUUUUGCCAUUUAUGGGAUCGAAGCAAGUUCCCCUCCAAAUGUAAUAAACGUUCACGAAGGAACUACUGCUACUUUGCCAUGUGAAUAUAAACAUCCCGAUCCUGAUCCACCACCCAGUGUUAUCGAAUGGUUAAGACAAGGACAGCAACUGCCGAUUUACAUCAAAAUAGGAAAAUAUCCGCCUCAUAUGGAUCCUUCUUUUGGAGCAUUAACAUACGAGAGUCUUGCCAAGCGGGUAAACGCAAUGGCCAAAGGGCGAAUGAAAGUAGCUCCCGGUACUGCAGAUUUGAACAUAAAACGAAUUGAAAUAUCGGAUGAAGGUUGGUACGAAUGUCGUGUGAUAUUCCUCAAUAAAGAAAAUGAGAAAAAAAACUUGGAACGGAGCCAAACCACAGAGAGUCAUCCACCAUUCAUUAACGGAACUUGGACAAAACUUGUCGUUACUGCACCUCCUGUUCUCACGUCUGCCCCACCCAAUACAGUCACCUCAAGAGAAGGAGAAGUAUUGCUGCUAAGAUGUCGUGCAACAGGUCGUCCGACUCCAGUCAUAACAUGGCACAAAGAUGGAUGGCCUAUCAAAAACGGACAGGAUGGAAUUCGACUCGGAGAUGGCGAAUUGGCAGUAACAUUAGAAAAAUUCCACAAAGGAAAAUAUACAUGUCGAGCACAAAAUGUCGAAGGACAAGUCGAACACACUACGUCGGUUUAUAUUCAAGGUGCUCCAGUAAUAACAGAACCGCCCAAAAAUACAACAGUUAAAGAAGUUCAAGACGCCAUGUUCAAAUGCAGAGCGGACGGAUAUCCUACAAAUAUAGAAUAUAGCUGGUUCUACAAUGACGUACCUGUGACAUCAUCGAAGAUUCGAGAACGUGUUAACGCUCUUGAUGAUGGAACACUGAUCAUAUACAGCCCGGUCGCUGAUGAUAAGGGUACAGUGACUUGCCGAGCAAGCAAUGGAUUCGGGAAGGCACCAACAGCAUCGGCGACACUAACAGUGCAAUUUCCUGCUCGUGUCCAUAAGAUGCCUUCUAUUCUAUAUGCUGGAUUAGGACUCAAAACCGAACUACCGUGUCCAGCGGUAGCCGUGCCACCUGUAUCUACUGUAACAUGGCGAAAGAACGAUCAAGUUAUUAAUAUUGAACAGAACAAGCGUUACAGCCUCGGUGAAAAUGGGAGUCUAGUAUUAGAAGACAUUCAACAACGAGAUGCCGCACGUUACACAUGUACUCCUUACAAUAUUCUGGGUACGAUGGGUGAGAGUAUCGGAACACGACUGAUUGUACGUUACCCACCUUACUUCACAAAAAACCCGAAAUCGACACACGAGGCAGAAAUUGGAAAACCUCUCGUGAUACAAUGUCAGGGGUCAGGGGACCCACCCCCUCACGUAUCAUGGAUAAAAUUGGAUGACAAUGGCGAAGAAGAAGAGAUCCAGGACGCGGAGAACAGAGUAUCAUUCGAAAAUGGGAAUUUAACAAUCGACUCCGUGGCAAAAAGCGAUCACGGUUCUUGGCAGUGCGUGUUAUCCAACGCUGUUGCGUCAGUCAAAACUGACGUAAUGGUUUACGUAAAAUAUACGACUCCGCAUGCCGUUUCGAAUAUAUCCGUUGUUACAUCGAAGCAAAGCGCUCAAAUAUCGUGGACACCGGGUUACGAUGGAGGGUAUUCACAACAUUUUAUGAUUUGGUACAAACGUGCAGAUAUGGGCGACCACUCAUGGCAAACUCAGUCGGUGGAAAGCUUCCGCAAGGUAGCGACAGUGAGCAAUUUGGAACCAGACACUAUUUACCAAUUUGCUCUUUUACCUGAAAAUGUACUGGGAAGCGGCCAGUUCUCGAAGACUAUUACCGCGAAAACCAAAGAAAUUCCGCCGCCUACCCCUACAAAAGAACCAGAAUCUGUACCACCGCCUAGUCGAAUGGAAUCUCAUAUAAAAAAGGAAAGCGGACUUUUGCUACUUAUGUGGCAACCACCAAUCGACACAACCGAAAAAGAUCUUCUGGGUUACGUCAUCGAGUUUAGAAUGUUGCUCGCUUUUGACGAGGAAGACGUACAGGAAAAAACUCUAGAAAACAUUGAAAAAGAAGAUAAUUCUCAAAAUUUGCCUCUGGAAGAGAGUGAUAAACCUAAUAUUGAAGAAACUGAGACCGACGGGCGCUCAAAAAGAUCACUUUGGAACGGUAUAGUGUAUGCUCGCGCAAAAAGGGAAGCACCGGUGGUACCGCCAACUGUAUCCCCGCCCAUCACAGGAAUUUCAAAACCUCAGGAAAGGUGGUCUGCUUGGGCUACGUUAUCACCAGUAGGAGCAAACGAAACUGCUUUUCUUGUACCCGCAGAUAAACUUUUCAGGGAUCAGUUGUACGAAUUUCAAGUUAUGGCUCUGUCACAAUCAGCCUAUAGUGUCCCCAGUGUUCCUAUCACCGUUUCAACAAAAGAUCUUGACGUUUAUCCCAUACUGCUUGAACCUGUACCGUAUGCAUCUGCUGCUACGAAUCCGGCCAUAAUUGCAGGAGUAGCUGCCGCCGUUCUUUUCGUCGUCAUAGUAACUGUGCUUACGUCAAUAUGGUGUCGUCAUCAUAAACGAAGGAAGAGUGCGUUGGACUCUGCGACGUUUACGUUUGGCAAUCUGCCUGAUAAUGGAUUUGAUUCCCGUUCACGAACGAAGUCAGAAUCUCCUUCUCAUAAGAGUGUUGAAUCUAAAUCGUCAAGCAAAUUUCGAGAUGAAAAACUCGGACCUCUGGCAAAACUCAAGAAGAAAAUGUGGAAAGCUGAUGUCGAAGUUGGAAAUCAUUAUUCCAGUACUGAAGAAUUAGUCGGACUGGGACGAAAAGUUUCGACCAAACAAACAUCAGAAGUAACUGAAAUGGACAAAAAUGGUCAAACAUUGAUUCGGAAGAUCAGUCGUGCUUCAGAUGGCAAAUUCCAUGUUGCUGACAAAUGUAAAGCACCUUCAAACCAAGCUAUUGACGCGGAGGAGUCAGAAUUAUUGAUGCCACAACCACAAGUGCCACACAAGGCCGGGGUGAUAUCUCCUUCACGUAGUUCUGAACUUUCUCACAGUGUGGAAUGGGAUCCAAGAUCACCGCUAUUACAACACACACCCAGAGAAACUCCGGUCCCAGAAAAUGGAAGCGAAUCGCUUGAAAUCGAUUGUAGUCAUAGUGAUAUCGAAGUUCGUUACGUCAAAGAUGGGCGUGGCAGAGUGCGCUGUCAAUCAACUUCAAUGUCAAGUCUAUCGGGGCCGAGGCAAUAUAACACACAUGGUCGACAAGUAAUACCAUAUGAACCACACUUGGACUCAAGUUAUGCAUCCAGUGCUGAAUAUCAUCAAUCACCUGCUCCCUAUACAAGGCAAAGUAUGGUGUCCCCAGCGCCCCACAUGCCCCCAUACGCGCAAUAUGUUCACUUGCGACCCGACAACAGAAAAAUGCACCCAGAAUAUAGGGUAUCGUCACCACCCCGUUUGACUGAUUAUAAUCCCACCCCCGCGAGUCCGCCAAAAUAUCGUUAUCACAAGCAUUCCGAUCAGCCCGGUGGCCAUUAUCACGUUUCGCCGAGAGACAGCUACACUAAUCCCUCUGAAAGACUGGUUUUUGACCCCAGGUACACUCGCAUAGAACCGAUUUAUGAAGUAGGACCGCACCCAAAUAUUCCUCCAAAUCGCCAUUCAUCUUUUGUUAUUGAUACCAGGCGGGAGCUGCCACACCAUUCACAGCCCCAUCGGGCAAUACAAAUUUACAGAACUACCGGAGCACCUAAGGAUGGUGUGAAUUAUCCCAAACCAUUGUGGCACGACCAGAGCGCUUCACGUUACCAUACUUUACCGCACCAGCCCCAAAUGGUGCAAAUGUCUCAUGCCGGCGCGCCACGCCACCACAGUGACUUGGACAACGUGGAGGCGUCACUUAUACGUCAUAAUGCCAAUGCCGCGCCAUAUUCAACAACAGCAGGCGAUAUUAGAGGGCCGCCGAGUACAACAAACACAAACAGUCUGGGACGAUCGCGGCGAAAAAGCCACGAAAAAGAGACCGAUAGUCCGCGCAGAAGAGUAUGUUCCGUGGACGAUUUAACACGGGAAAAUCCACUUCCCGCCAACACAGCACACGUGACCGAAAGAUCGGAAUCACUCGAUCUGCUUUCUUCACGACAAACAAAGAUGUCGAACAGCAACACGCCUCCGACAUCACAACCCGACAAGGACAGGACGCGGGAUGGGUCUGAUAGUGGAGACCACGGAAGUGAUGUCACCACCACGUCGUCUUCCACGAACUCUGAAAAACUUCCGCGUGGUGUGUUGACGUCGCGACACUCAGAUUUACGCGAGGAAAAUACGCUUCCAGAACAACAAGUCGACGUUACCAAAGUUGUCAUCACGAAUCCAACGUCUCCAGUCCGAGAAGAUGAUUCUUCUGCGGUUUCAUCUUUACCGCCCCCUACCGAACCUGUGAUACACAACGGUCGGCAGCUGGAGGUCACAAGCAGUGGGUACGAUAGUCAUAACACGAGUCACGCAUCUGACUCUCCCGCCCCGUCGUGUUCGUCACCUAACGUCAUCACCAAUCGAACGUCAUCAUGUCAUGAUAGAACUAGCACAGCGUCAUCAAGUGAUAGAUCGCGAAAAGACACCUCGUCCGUAGAUGAGAAAUAUGAGUGGGAUUCUGAAUUUGCGAUGGAAAGUGAGAUCUUAGAAGCGUUGAGGCACUUUGGAACACACAAACGUACGGGGUCGGUUUCACAGGCUUUAGUGGACGAAAUUCAAAAGUUGGGAAUGGAUAGCGUUCAAGAACUAGGAAAAGACGAUUUAGCAAAUCUUGAAAAGACAAUUUUGGAUCAUCGUGAUAAUUUAGUACAAUCACCUUCGGUGGAUACAAGUGAUAUGUAUACUAAAGAAAGCAUGGAAAGGAGAUGUGCGGCGUUGAAAAAAGAAUAUCAAAAAUAUCAGCUUGAGCAGGUUUCAUUAGGCAAGAAGAAUCCAACGUCACCGGAUAAAUCAAGCCCAGCUAUAUUUGCUACUGCUCCUACCAAUACCUAACGCAAUUAUGUCUCACUUCCACUGUGCUUUCUUACUAUUAUUAUUAUAAUUCAUUAAAAUCAUUUUCACUAUUUCAACGAAAAAAUAAAUUUUUGUUCCAUA